UGUGCUUGCAACUUGCAAAUAACUACACACAAAUUACAUUUAUUAAAACAUAGUACGUAUUUGGUGUUGGGCGUUUCAAAAUGGCACUGGCAAAUAAGUUGCUGCUCAGCCAAAUUACUGGUCAUAUAAUAUUGCUAAUACUCUCAUUUUGCAUUUGGAUACCACUCAGGAUAAAUCUGCAUGAGUUUUGUGACCACUGUCUGCUUUUUACCACCGGAAAGUGGCGCGAGGAGGAUGGUAUGUUUGAUGUUAACUGGGCCUCUGAUGGAUUCUGCAACUUCUCCUUUCUAACGGGCAUAGCUCUAUCGUGCAUUUCCAUACUCCAGAUCAUUCGAUUCUGGGUCAUGAAAUAUGCGGAUGCAGAACCUUCAUUUUUGUCCCUGUUUAUCGAUGUUGUGCUGGGAAUUUUUAUGCUGGCCAUCUCAAUUUUAUCAGCGAUAUUUAUAACACUUGGAUUCAUUGUGUGGUGCGACGGAAUGACCGAACGUUUUCCAUCAUGCGAGACAUCAGCGGGUCAGAAUGUCAUACGUGGGGAUACAGAAAAAAUUGAUACUUCUAAUUUUUACAUGGAAAUGGGAACAGCACAGUUUGGCGCAUGGGUUUCCUUUGCUACAUCAGUGGGCUUGGCCGUUAUUGCGCUCUUAAAGCUAAUCAACAACCAUCAGGUGCGCAACAUUAAGGUCUCCAUGUACCUGGAACGUCAGCGUUUAGUUAACCAAGGGCAAUCCGAUGGUCGAUCGACGCCCCCUCUCGCAUCGGGAGCUUCGUCAGAUUCAGACAACAACAAAUAGUUGCCGUAUAUAGCCGGUCAGGAAUUUAUAAUCAUUUACGUAUGUAUUUCUGAUAUUGUGCAACUUCAUUAUCAUAAGUCAUAUAAUCUUUAUUCUCACGAGCGAAAUUGAGAGGUCUCACCGUGCUUGAUCUAUGUAGUGCAAUCGCAGUUAUUUUAAAGGCUCUCAUAUUAAUGUAUAACUUUAUAUUUAAGACAUUGAAGUGAUAUGUAUAUCUAUGUAUUCCAAAUAUUAUCGAUUUAAUUGAAAA